AACGCCAGACAUACGUUUACUCUGCACCUAAUCUCUUUAUUUAAACGGGUCUUUCGCAGGCACUCUGUGUCAUUCCAAAAUCUCUUUCUAACCUUCCCAGAAAUAAUAGUGUGCAUUAUAGUUUCAAACUUUUUUUGGCUGAACUACGCAGCAAUAUAUUCAUGGCGGCUAGGAAGCGACAGCGUCUUGAUGAUCAAUUAGAACUUCCGCAAAUACUUUUACAAGCAAAGCAUCGAUGGCUACGUCCUGCUGAAAUUUUCGAAGUUCUUCAAAAUCAUUCAAGAUUUUGUCUUUCGGAGCCUGCAGAUAAGCCAUCGAGUGGAUCAUUGUAUCUUUAUGAUCGGAACGUGCUCAGGUCUUUCAGAAAAGAUGGCUAUAGAUGGAAAAAGACUAAAGAUGGAAAGGCAGUGAAGGAAGCCCAUGAGAGGCUCAAGGCUGGAGGAGUUGAGGCAUUACAUUGCUACUAUGCCCAUGGAGAAGAAAAUGAGAAUUUCCAAAGACGCUGUUAUUGGAUGAUUGAAGAGCCUCUCUCGCACAUAGUUCUGGUCCACUACCGAGAAGUAAAGACUUCUGAAGGUAACUUGUCAUGUUCAUCCAAGUUGCCUAUCAAUCGGAAUAUGCAUUCAGAUACUGCAUAUCAUGCCAGUACUUCAUUCCCUGGAGGAGUCAAUGCAGACGAGUUACUCAAUUCCCUGGGGCCUCCUUGCCAUAUGAAUUUGGAUAAACAAAAUGAUUCUUCUGUGCAUAGGCACUCUGAUAAGCAAAAUGACCCUCGAAUAUUGAAGAAUCUUGACAGUUCUGAUCAAUGUAUGAAUACAGAACUAGGAGACCUGACUGAGCUACAGAUGUCCAGUUCUAGGGACCACUCGAGUACUAUAGCAAAUGAGAAUGGGAAUGAUGGGUCCGGUGCUCUUCAGCCAGUUCAAAUAGCUAUUCCAGGACCUUCUCUAUUCCAGGACCUUCUCUUUAACAUUAUCGAUCUUUCACCAAACUGGGCAUAUGAAAACUCUGAAACAGAGGUUCUUGUUGUGGGAAAGUUCUUGAAGAACCAAGAAUUAGAAAGUUUUAAGUGGUCAUGUAUGUUUGGGGAAGUAGAAGUCCCCGCUGAGGUUGUAGCAGACGGUGUUCUUCGUUGUUAUACGCCCGUACAUAGGGCUGCUAGGAUUCCUUUCUAUGUUACACGUUCCAAUAGGUUACCCUGUAGUGAAGUGAGAAUAUUUGAGUACCGAGUCAACCAAAUUCAAGAUGCGGAAUUUAAGGAUGACGGCUGCGAAGACGAUACACUUGUUAUGCGUUUUGGAAGAAUACUGUCCCCAAGCUUUACGUAUUCAAGUUUUAAUCCACAGGAUAAAUAUAGACAAUAUGAUCCUAUCAGUGUAGUUGAGAAAUUUGAUUUGACUCGUAAAAUUAGUUCAUUGCUAAAAAACGGCAAUGAGGAAAGAGCUGAGAUGAUAAAGCUAUUUCCAGAUGAGUUUUCCUUGGAUAGAGUUAAGGCGCAGUUGCUUCAACAGUUUCUUAAAGACAAGUUUCGUAAAUGGCUCUUGCAGAAGAUGGCUGUUGGUGGAAAUGGCUUAGGGGUACUAGACGAAGGUGGCCAGGGUGUGUUACAUGUUGGAGCUGCUCUUGGCUAUGACUGGGUCUUUUUACCCAUGACAAUGGCUGGAGUUACUGUCAAUUUUCCUGAUGUGAAUGGAUGGACGGCACUUCAUUGGGCAGCUUUUCGUGGCAGAGAGAGCGCAGUUUCUUUGCUCAUCGGACUUGGUGCAGCUCCUGGAGCAUUAACGGAUCCAUGUACCAAAAGUCCCACAGGCAAAACACCAGCGGACCUAGCUUCUGAAAAGGGGUACAAAGGAAUAGCUGCUUAUCUUUCAUCAGUACUUAUACUGGAUAUCAAUGAUGCAAAUUCUGCAGAGAGUCCAAGAGAAAAAUUAGUCCAACCAGUUCCAGAACGAAUUCCAGCUUUUAGCAGCGAUGGGGAUUUAGAUGAUGGGCUUUCCAUGAGGGCCCAUGUAAUAGGUCACCCGGUGAAGAAAAACUAUGGCAUGGGCUGGGCUGGAAGAACUGUUGGGAGACGUGGGAAACGAAGAAGGUUGGGCUACAAGAACGUUUGGAAUGAUUAUGAGAGCCCUUAUAAUAUUAGUUAUGACUUUCUAAAGAUUCAGGCCCAUGUAACAGGUCACCAGGUGAAGAAAAACUAUGGUAUGGGCUGGGCUGUAAGAAUUGUUGGGAUGAUUUUGCGUUGGAGAGGACGAGGGAAACGAAGAAGGUUGGGCUAUAAGAACCUUUGGGAUGAUUAUGAGGGCCCUUAUAAUAUUAGUUAUGACUUUCUAAUGAUUCAGGCCCAUGUAACAGGUCACCAGGUGAAGAAAAACUAUGGUAUGGGUUGGGCUGUAAGAACUGUUGGGAUGAUUUUGCGUUGGAGAGGACGAGGGAAACGAAGAAGGUUGGGCUAUAAGAACCUUUGGAAUGAUUAUGAGGGCCCUUAUAAUAUUAGUUAUGACUUUCUAAAGAUUCAGGCCCAUGUAACAGGUCAUCAGGUGAAGAAAAACUAUGGUAUGGGUUGGGCUGUAAGAACUGUUGGGAUGAUUUUGCGUUGGAGAGGACGAGGGAAACGAAGAAGGUUGGGCCAUAAGAACCUUUGGAAUGAUUAUGAGGACCCUUAUAAUAUUAGUUAUGACUUUCUAAAGAUUCAGCCCCAUGUAACAGGUCACCAGGUGAAGAAAAACUAUGGCAUGGGCUGGCUGGAAGAACUAUUGGGAUGAUUUUGCGUUGGAGAGGACGAGGGAAACGAAGAAGGUUGGGCUAUAAGAACUUUUGGGAUGAUUAUCUGCAGCUUAGUGAGAGCCCUUAUAAGCCCAUAUACCAGUUCACCUGGUGAAGAAAACCUAUAGAAAUAUGGCCUGGGCCAUAGGAAUUGUGAUGAUCAUUUUGCGUUGGGGAGGAAAAUGAAGUGUGUUGCGUUGGUUAGACCUAGAACCACAGUGGGGGCCCUUAUGAUUAUGAAUUUCUCAAAAUUCAGGCUCAUAUAACAGAAGGUAAUGUUGUUGAUGAACUCUCCCGUGUCUGAAUUGGGAGCAUGGGCUAAUAGCUUCACAGUCAAGGACCCAAAGUAAACAAAGAAAGCAACGAUAAAUAUCAGCAUAGUGACAUAGUCGGUGAUAAAUGGAGAUGCAUUAGCAGAUGUGUACUUCAGUUGGAGUAGCCAUCCGAAAAUUCCCACGACUGGUGAAAAAGUUACACUGGUGCAAAAUUGUCCCAUGAGAAGUGUGACCUUCUUGCCUUGUGCUGCUAUAUAUGGAGAGAAAUAGGAAUGUAUAAUUUUAGAUGAUUGAAAAACAAGCACAAACUAGCUUAGAAAGAAGAUAAUUUAAUUGAGUCAACAAAGCCGAGCUCUACUUACUUUGGUUGAUACUGAGGAUUAAUCGCAUCAUUGAGAUCCAUCUCCGAUCUGUCUA